CGCAAGUCGUGGCCAACGGUUCGUAGUCUCGGACUCGGAAUUAAAAUCAGUCAACGGAGUUUGCUCUGCUUCAAGCACAGCGUGGGGGUAACCGAAGAAAAACAAACUCACAGCACGAGCAGCAGGAAAGCCAUUUGGAGAACCGAUCAAAGAUGGAUAGCACCGAAUUUCGAAAACGUGGCAUGGAAAUGGUAGAGUACAUAUGCAACUAUUUGGAGACGCUGAGCGAACGUCGAGUAACGCCCAGCGUGGAGCCGGGCUACCUGCGGCAUCUGUUGCCAACUGAGGCCCCACAGGAGCCGGAGGAUUGGGACCAGAUCAUGAGCGAUGUGGAGGACAAGAUCAUGCCCGGGGUGACGCACUGGCAGCAUCCGCGCUUCCACGCAUACUUUCCGGCGGGCAACUCGUUUCCCUCCAUCCUGGGCGACAUGCUGGGCGACGGAAUAGGAUGCAUCGGAUUCUCCUGGGCAGCCAGUCCCGCGUGCACCGAGCUGGAGACGAUUGUGCUCGACUGGCUGGGCAAGGCCAUCGGCCUGCCGGAUCACUUUCUGGCCCUCAAGGAGGGCAGCACCGGCGGGGGAGUCAUCCAGACUUCCGCCUCGGAGUGCGUGCUGGUCACGAUGUUGGCUGCAAGGGCGCAGGCCCUCAAGAGGCUCAAGUCGCAGCACCCGUUCGUGGAGGAGGGCCACCUGCUGUCCAAGCUGAUGGCCUACUGCUCCAAGGAGGCGCACAGUUGCGUGGAGAAGGCGGCGAUGAUCUGCUUCGUGAAGCUGCGCAUCCUGGAGCCCGACGAGGACGCCAGCCUGCGUGGCCAGACCAUCUACGAGGCCAUGGAGGAGGACGAGCUGCAGGGCCUGGUGCCAUUCUUUGUCUCCACCACGCUGGGCACCACGGGCUCAUGUGCGUUCGACAAUCUGCCGGAGAUUGGCAAGCAACUGCAGCGAUUCCCGGGUGUCUGGCUGCACGUGGAUGCCGCCUAUGCCGGAAACAGCUUCAUCUGCCCCGAGCUGAAGCCCCUGCUCAAGGGCAUCGAAUACGCCGACUCAUUCAACACGAACCCCAACAAAUGGCUGCUGACCAACUUCGACUGCUCGACGCUGUGGGUGCGGGACCGCAUCCGCCUGACAUCAGCCCUGGUGGUGGAUCCGCUGUACCUAAAGCACGGCUACUCGGAUGCGGCCAUCGACUAUCGUCAUUGGGGAGUUCCACUCAGUCGGCGAUUUCGUUCGCUGAAGCUGUGGUUCGUGCUGCGAUCUUAUGGGAUUUCCGGACUGCAGCACUACAUACGUCACCAUAUCAAACUGGCCAAGCGAUUCGAAGAGCUCGUGCUCAAAGAUAAACGCUUUGAGAUCUGUAACCAAGUCAAGCUGGGCCUGGUCUGCUUCCGGCUGAAGGGCAGCGACAAGCUGAACGAAAAGCUGCUGAGUAUAAUCAACGAGUCCGGAAAACUGCACAUGGUGCCGGCCAGCGUGGGAGACCGCUACAUCAUCCGGUUCUGCGCCGUGGCCCAGAAUGCGACCGCCGAGGACAUCGACUACGCAUGGGACAUCAUCGUGGACUUCGCCAACGAGCUGCUGGAGAAGGAGCAGCACGACGAGCUCUCCGAGAUCAUGAACCGCAAGAAGCAGGACACGCUGGCCCAGAAACGAUCCUUCUUCGUGCGCAUGGUCAGCGAUCCGAAGUUAUACAACCCGGCCAUAAACAAGGCCGGCACCCCCAAGCUCUCCAUGGAGUUGCCCUCGCCCGUGGUCAGCCGUGGCAGUGCUCCCAUCAUCCGGACCCAGAGCUCGGUGGACCACAACUCGUGGAUAUCCUGGCCGCUGGCCUUCCUCUUCAACAGCAACAACGAGGAGAAGGGCAGCAACGUCUCGUUGCGCUUUCGCCAUCUGGACACCAACGUGCGGCCCACAUCGUCGCGACGAAAUUCCGGAGCUGGAUCAUCUCCAUCGCCGGAAAACGAGUUGGACUACGUGAAUGUCCAGCAGCAGCAGCUGGAGCAGCGAUCCCCACGUCGAUCGCCUAUGGUUGUGCGCAAGGCUUCGGGCGGACGGGACAAUCUCAACUAAUUAUAUCCACUCAGUUUAUUGAAACACACUUAUAAUACAGUAUUAGCGCUUCCCUAAGCAAGGCGCCUAGUUGAAUUCUAGACCAAUCUACAAUGCGGUGGGACACCAAAGUCAAGGCUUUUCGCGAUCUCCCUUAUAAUACUUAUACUUUAAGUUCCGUGGUAGCA